UUUUUUUUAGGUCUCAAAGUGAAGGAACAUGAACAACAAUGGCGAGGAAAGAAGACUGAACGGAGCAGCAGAGGACGACGACGACGACGAAGACGACGACGGAAAUGGUCGAGGCCUUGAGGCCUGGGAGAGAACCUACGCCGACGAGAGGUCCUGGGAAUCUCUUCAAGAGGACGAGUCGGGUCUUCUCCGACCCAUCGAUAACAAGACCUUUUACCAUGCCCAGUAUCGCCGCCGUCUUCGCUCCGCUUCCGCCGUUCGAAUCCAGAAGGGCCUCAUUCGCUACCUCUUCCUUGUCAUUGAUCUCUCCAAGGCGGCUGCGGAGAUGGAUUUCCGGCCAAGUCGAAUGGCUGUAGUGGCAAAGCAUGUUGAGGCUUUCAUUAGAGAGUUCUUUGACCAGAAUCCGCUUAGUCAAGUUGGCCUAGUGACUAUUAAAGAUGGCGUUGCUCAUUGCUUAACGGAUCUCGGUGGCAGUCCAGAGUCUCAUGUGAAAUCUUUGAUGGGUAAAUUGGAAUGCUCCGGUGAAUCUUCUAUACAGAACGCUCUGGAUCUUGUUCAUGACUAUCUAAAUCAGAUUCCAUCAUAUGGCCACCGUGAAGUUCUUAUCUUUUAUUCGGCCCUAAGUACGUGUGAUCCAGGUGAUAUAAUGGAGACCAUCCAGAAAUGUAAGAAAUCUAAAAUAAGGUGUUCAGUUAUUGGGCUCUCAGCAGAAAUUUUUAUAUGCAAACAUCUCUGCCAAGAAACUGGUGGCUCAUACUCCGUUGCGUUGGAUGAGUCUCACUUCAAAGAAUUGAUACUCGAGCAUGCACCCCCACCUCCAGCAAUAGCUGAGUAUGCAAUUGCUAAUUUGAUCAAGAUGGGCUUCCCACAAAGAGCAGCAGAGAGCUCUAUUGCAAUCUGUUCAUGUCAUAAGGAAGCAAAGGCAGGAGGUGGAUACACUUGUCCUAGAUGCAAGGCGCGUGUUUGUGAGCUACCUACAGAGUGUCAAACUUGUGGAUUGACGCUCAUUUCUUCACCCCAUUUGGCAAGAUCUUAUCAUCAUCUCUUUCCGAUAGUACCGUUUGAUGAGAUGUCUACAUCACUACUAAGUGAUCCACAUAGAAAAUUAUCGAAAGCUUGUUUUGGCUGCCAACAGAGUCUCCUUGGUUUUGGAAAUAAACCUGGUCCCCGUGUUUCAUGCCCAAAAUGCAAGCAUCAAUUUUGCCUCGACUGCGACAUUUAUAUUCAUGAGAGCUUGCACAACUGCCCAGGUUGUGAGAGUGCAAGGCAUUCUAAGCCAGUUGCUAUGAGUGAAGAAUAAUGAACCAGACUGCUCCAGACUUCCAUAAGAUUCUUCUGCCACCAUCAGAUACAUUGGUCUGAUGCUCCCUCAUUAGCUCUUCUUUUCGGCUUCUCAAAACUCAAAUUACAGAAGUAUACAUGGCCGCUAUUGCUGCCAACUCCACAUGUUUGUGUAUUUUCCGAGUACACCGGUAUUUACCUUGAUCCAAAGAGGACGCAUUAAUUUUGUUCUCACGCUAAUCUGUUACAUGAUAAAACUAGAUUUUUCAAUAUGAAUGCCUUUUUUUCCCUCCCUUUAUCAUUCA